UGCGUGGGAAAACGCCGGCUGGGACCGUGCGGGGGCUGUGACUGAGGCGCAGCGGGUCAGUGACAGCCAGGGAAGUGUGAAGCAGGGGCUGCGAGGCUACUGUGACCGAGGUACAAUGACAGCCAGGACGACUGUGACCCAGCGGCGGCUGCUUGUGAGGGGUCUGCGACCCCGGAGCAGCAAACGCGAGGGACUCUGACCUCGGAGAGCACGAGGCAGAGGCUGCGACGGGACCAUGACCGAUUAAAAGAAGAUGGAUGCUCAGAGUUCAGCUAAAGUCAAUUCGAGGAAGAGGAGGAAAGAGGCAUCCGGCCCUAAUGGAGCGGCAGAGGAAGAUGGCAUUCCUUCUAAAAUGCAGCACUACUCAGUUGGCUUACGGCAGCCAGCUCCUUUUUCUGAUGAAAUUGAAGUUGACUUUAGUAAGCCCUACGUCAGGGUAACUAUGGAAGAAGCCUGCAGAGGAACUCCUUGUGAGCGGCCUGUGAGAGUUUAUGCGGAUGGAAUAUUUGACUUGUUUCACUCUGGUCAUGCCCGGGCUCUGAUGCAAGCAAAGAACCUUUUCCCUAAUACAUAUCUCAUUGUGGGAGUCUGCAGUGAUGAGCUCACGCACAACUUCAAGGGCUUCACCGUGAUGAACGAAAACGAGCGCUAUGACGCAGUUCAGCACUGCCGCUACGUGGAUGAGGUGGUGAGGAACGCCCCCUGGACGCUGACGCCCGAGUUCCUGGCAGAGCACCGGAUUGAUUUCGUAGCCCAUGACGAUAUCCCCUAUUCUUCGGCAGGGAGUGAUGACGUGUAUAAGCACAUCAAAGAAGCAGGCAUGUUUGCUCCAACACAAAGGACAGAAGGUAUCUCCACAUCAGAUAUCAUCACCCGCAUUGUCCGUGACUAUGAUGUAUAUGCAAGACGGAACCUACAGAGGGGCUACACUGCUAAGGAGCUCAAUGUCAGCUUUAUCAAUGAGAAGAAAUAUCACUUGCAAGAACGGGUUGAUAAAGUAAAGAAGAAAGUGAAAGAUGUGGAAGAAAAAUCAAAAGAAUUUGUGCAGAAGGUGGAAGAAAAGAGCAUUGACCUCAUCCAGAAGUGGGAGGAGAAGUCCCGAGAAUUCAUUGGAAGUUUCCUGGAAAUGUUUGGUCCAGAAGGAGCACUGAAACACAUGCUGAAAGAGGGAAAAGGUCGGAUGCUGCAGGCCAUCAGUCCCAGGCAGAGUCCCAGCAGCAGCCCUACUCAUGAACGCUCCCCCUCCCCCUCCUUUCGAUGGCCCUUCUCUGGCAAGACUUCCCCAUCCUCCUCCCCAGCAAGUCUCUCUAGGCGCAAGGCUGUGACCUGUGACAUCAGCGAGGAUGAAGAGGACUAACUUUUCAUCCCUGUUCCCUCCCCCUCCCCCUGCCCGUCACCUCCAGAAGCUCUGUCGAAUUCCAUUUUGUGAUCCCAACACUAAACCUAAGGACAUCUACAAAGAAAAGACAAUAGGGCCAGAGGACCUGGGAAUGGGGGAAACAAAACAGCCUGUGCCCUGAGGCCUCCGUCAGCUGAGCACACCUUAGAAGCCUGCUCUGCGUCCAUCUUCCGCCCCAGAACUUGCUUUACUGUUUAUGCUCAUGUAAUCUUGACAGGGAAAUUGUCAUUUUUAUUAAUUGUUUAAAAAUUAGUCUUUCAAAUAUAGUAAGUAGAACUAAUUUUUUGCCCUGAGGAGUGGGCAGAAGAAGGAAGCGUGUACCACACAGAGGCCUUUCUUCCUGACACUAGUGCUUGCCUUCUGUUCUGGAGCAAAGUGGCUUGCCAGAUCCUUCAAAGGGCCAUGCUGAUGCGCAAUUUGGCAAGACUGUGCAAUUUUAACUUCCCUAAAAUACCUAAAGCCUGAAUUAGCUCCUAAUUCCGAGUGUCCUGCUGGCCGUGUAUCAGCAUGGCUGUGGGAAGGAGGAGAUCUAAGCCUCACUUUUCUUACUCCCUGAGGAGUUUCUUUUUGGACACUGAUGGGGACGCAACUGAACCACAGAGCGGCAGUUGUGGUUUUUCUGCUGUGUUCAUCUUCUCAGAAAAUUCUGUUGCCUGUUAUUUGGGAGCUCUUGUCAGUCUCUUUCCUGCAACCUGCCUGUAAAGGAAGGGGCACUGAGGGCUGCUGGGACUGCAGAGGAUGGUGGGAUGAACUCAGUCUAGUGCCAGGGCGGCUGUGGUUGAGUUUCUGCUGGGAAUACAUCCCUCACCCUGCAGCUGCCAUCUCAGCACCAUGCCUGGCUUUAUACAAAGGAUGCUUUGUAAAUGUCCCCAGCUUGAACUUGACCCCUUAACCCAUGUUGCUUAUUGCCAUAUUUAACACUUAGAUUUUCACAGAGCGCACAGGCAAAGCGUCAGAAAACACUUUGAUCUCUAAAACACUUAUUGACCUCUGCUCCUCUUGAGAAUGCUCCAAUCAGUGUCCCAUGGAGACGCUUUAUUCUCCUAAGAACUGUGCCUGGCAGGGACUUCCUCUGCCGCCCCUCCAGAAGCCACAGGCAUGCGUUAAACUGCUAGCACACAGAGGUCCGUGCCCCCUGGCCCACUGUGCUGGUGGUUAUGCUUCCACUCCUGUUGGUUCCAAGAGGAAACAGAACUUGAAUUUCAAUCGAAGAAUGCUGAUUCUCAACACGUGCUACUGAGUGUGAGCUGAUGUAUUCAGACCCCUUUUGUCUCAUCUCAGCUACGGGACCCAGGAGCUCAUCACUGUCAGCCUGUAGCUGCAUUUAGGGCAAAAUUGUUUAUUCCAGGACCUACUUGUCACUCAUAAGUACCCCUUGUGGGGGUGGAGCUUUAGUGUUUUCAGCAAAGAAAACCGCAUUUUCUUUUUCCUUGUACCUCUGCUAGGACUGUGAGCAUUCAUAACAUGGUCCUCCCGAGGCACUUUCUGAUGGGAACUGCUACUUCCUAAGGGUCUGAGGCUAGCACCACACAGUGCCUGCAUGGCAGGCCUACCUAGGCCCUCAACUAUCUUCCAGGCAGGCAGAGCACAGGAGAGGAUCAGAGACGCACAACUUGGUGUCCCGAUGGCCUGUGGAAACUCCAUAACUCCUCAUGAAGUGCUGUUUUCACUAUCAGAUAGGGUGUAUAUGGCCUUGGCCUGGAAUCCUUUGUCAGAGCUGUUGAAAUUAGUGUUUUCUCGUGUUAUGUAGCACUGCAUAGCUCGUUUUAACUGUUCUACUCUGGUCUUCUCUUUGGGGAUCCGUUUCUCUCUGCCUUAUUCUCCUAGGUAUACAAAGGUGAUGGCUUCACUGCUGCCACUCACCUGCUUGUUCUCUCAGUGUGUGCCACCCAAGCUAGCACUGUGGAGAGGGAAAGGAUCUCCAGCAUCAGAGCCUAGACACUGACAAGAUGUGUACCUUAGCCAGACUAGCCUAUGCUCGUGUUCUUGGAAUGUCCCUCACCCUUUCUUUCUUGUCUCCUAACUCAUGUUCUCAGAUAGCAGGCAGAAGGGUGUGCAGCAUGCUAGGUACUGAGGGUCAGUGUGCUCCUAGGUGCUAGAAAAAGGUGCUGCUGGGAUGCUGCCCUGUGGGCCACUUGUACCUAGUGAAGUGUGGUUAAGCAUCUGGAUGUUGUGUCUGGCUGCAAUCCUAACCUCUUCCUGUGCACUCUUAACUGAGAGCUUUCCCCCAAGGCCGUGUAAGAAAGCAGGCAGCUUGGGAGGGUCAGGGGGCAAGGAUGGGAGAGCCUGAAGCUGUUUGGCCUCCACGGCGCGGCCUCCAUGCCAUAGGAAGUAGCUGCAGACAGGAGCCUUCUAGCCGGUUCUGAGAGGAGGCCGGCACAGCAGCCAACCUGGACGUGGGCUGCACAGGGACCUUGCUCUUUUCAGAUGCUAGACUGGAGAAUGGAGAGGAGAGGUUGCCACACAGAGAAAGUAGAAAUGGAUCGCUAGUGCCCGCAGCAGCUGCUCCUGAGAGUUAGGCCAAAGACCCUUUGAGGAAGGGGCUGAGAGGGUGAGAAGGCGGGAAAUCCCGAAGAAGAGGCUGAAGAGACCGUUUCCAGUCACUUUCCUCAGCAGCACCGCAGUCACUCUCGGUGGUGGCUGCGCAUCUGGCGGGCCAUCUGGAAUAACCCUCCACGGUAGCUCUCCCCAGCCCACGGUCACUCCUGUAGCUCAUGAGAUAGAGGCUGUUGUCUUUGAGAUCUGUUCCUCAUCAGCUUUCCAAUCCCUUCUCUAGUCAGCUCUGUUUCCCUGCGUGCUUUCACCUUAAAACCAACGCUUCUAGAUCUCUGUCAGCAUACAUGUGCCGAAGUUGAACCCACACGGGUUCAAAGGAAGCUUCCUUAACAAUGUUUUAAAAACUAAUGGUAUUUUUUUAAGCUUACCAAUAUAAGUAUUUUUAAAGGUAUUUUUCAAAGUCAUUAACAAUGAUUGUUUUCUCUCACACACAGAUUAUCAUGGGAUAAAGAAUGGUCCCUAGCUUCUAUUUUUCAGAAAAAAUAAGUACAACAUGUUCUUGGACUUUAAUAAUAUUAAAGGUUAAUUCUCCUAAAAGAAAAAAAGAAAUAUAGUCUGUCUGCCAGAUUUUUUUUGUUGGUAUGAGAUUGGGUUAGAGACCAGGAUUGCAUUUGGAUGGCCCAGAUUGGGUUCUACUGGGUUUGAAGUGAGCACCUUCCACCACCUUGGAGGAGCUGUUUUAAACAGUGAGAAUUGAUUGCCUAGGUGCUUUGCAUCAAGGCUCCCAAACAGAAACACUGUUGGGAAGAGUCCCGUGGCAUGAACACCUGCUCAUCACCAGAGUGAGUCAAUGGGGAGUUUGCCUCAGAGUUCAGUGAGUCACUUUCCUGUCUAAUAGUUUGUUUAAGGUUAUUUUGGUUCUUUUCAUUUAGCCAAAUAAAGGCCACGUGGUUUU